CCCUGGUGCUACAUGUUGGGUGGGGCGGAAGAAGAUGCAUGGAACAAAAUCUCUUGUUCUUCCUCUCUCUCUCUUCUCCAUUCUUCUUUUCUUUUUCUUCUCUCUUACCUUCUUUCACUCUUUUUCUGACCUCUCUCUCCCACCAGAUGAUAAAAAGUCUCUGCGCCGCCCGCCCAGCCGUGCCUGGCACAGUCAAGACGCUCAACGCCGCAGCCAGGCUAAAGUCGACCACUCACCCCUCGCCCGUUCUAGAUCAAGCAGCCCAAGCACCCGUUGGCGCUUGUUGGCAUCCUUUUCUGCCUCCUUCUAGCGCCUUCCUGUUCCGUGGUCGUAGUGACAUGACAUGCAGCUGGAGGCCUGCCUGCUUCAUCCAGACCCUUCACUCUCUAGACGGCCG